UGUUUUACUUCUGGGUCUAAUGUUCUACCUCUUCGGCAUAGCCGCACUUCCGAAGUUUAGAAUGAAUGUUUCAUCAUGACACAUUCAUUGAAAUACUGGUAAAGGUGCACACAUAUACACAGAAACAUAUACAUUGUGAAACCUACAGUAGAUGCUCAUGGAAAUCAUUAUCCACCGCUCUCCGUCCGAAAUAAGUCUGUGAGACGCACUCAGGAACCAUGCUAGCACCGUGGAAUUCUGUCAAACGCCACAAAAAGAAGUUGCUCUUCGUCGGUGUUUUCAUUGGAGGCGGAUAUUUCUUGAGUAAGUAUGCUCGACGAAAAUUACAGGAAAUCCAGGACCAGGAGGCAACCGAAUAUAUUACCCAAGCAAGACGGCAGUACCACUUUGAGAGUAACCAACGGACAUGCAACAUGACGGUUUUAUCUAUGCUACCAUCCCUGAAAGAAGCCAUCAUCAUACGUUUAGAUGCAGAGAGCCUUACAUCUUUGCUAAAACAAAAACCAGCAAAUAAGGUUGAGAUCUGGGAGGAUCUCAAAAUAAUCAGUUUUGCUCGGAGUGUAGUUGCAGUCUACUGUACCUGCAUGCUGGUCGUUCUGUUACGAGUUCAGCUCAACAUCAUUGGUGGUUACCUGUAUUUGGAUAACUCUGGGAACAAAUCUGGAAUGGUCCAGUUUGCACCCCCUGAUGUCCAACAACAGUAUUUGUCCAGUAUUCAACAUCUUCUUGGAGAGGGGCUCAAUGGCUUGAUGACUGUUGUGAAGCGAGCAGUGCAAGAGGAGUUGGGAGGCACGUCCCUGAAGCAGCACCUGUCCCUACAAGAACUGGACGAGCACCUGUCCACCAUCCGGCAGCGCGUGGAGGAGGGAUUUGGUACUCCCUCUGACAAGCCCCUGUCUUGGUACUUGAUGCCAGAUGAGGAGAACACAAUAGAGGCUCAGGGUGGUGACCAUGAUGUAAUUCACCUUAAGCUGAUGAAUGAAACGAGAGACAUACUGGAAAGCCCUGACUUCAGCGUGGUGAUGAGAAUGUGUGUGAGUCGGGGGUUUAGCCGUUUUCUCGAUAACAUCGCCGAGUUCUUUCAGCUGCCGCAGGGAUGUCUUGAAUCGUCAGAGAGUCUCACUCAGGGACGUCUUCCUCUUGCCAAAAUCAUUCCCAUCGUAAAUGGACAGAUUCAUUCAAUUUGCAGUGAAAUACCCAGUCAUUUUGUCCAGGAUCUCCUGUUAAUUGACCAGGUGAAGAAAUUUGCAGCGAACGUUUAUGAGACGUUCAGUAGUCCGCUAGAACCGUAGAGAACAAUCGGAUGAAAUGUUGCUGGCUCCAUCAGUUUGUUUUCCUUGUUUCCUACCACCCCUCGAGUUAAAUGACUUGUUUGAGCUUUUUCCUGUUCUUCCAGACAUUAUCUAGGUCUGGGGAUAUUAUUCCUAGUUCCAAGCAAGCAUAUUACCAUUUAGCUGAGCUGGCUUGGUCCCCAUUGGACUCAAUGAUAACAUGCUAGCUGGGAGGUACACAGUGCAUGACCAGAGUCAGAUAAUGGCUGGAGGAAUAGGAGAAAGGUAAAACCAGAGAAAUUCUAAUAUAUGAGAGGGCUCACUCAUGACGUUUGCCACGAUUGCCAACUAGCCGCAGUAGGCCUAACAUCUAGACAAGUGAAAAAUGAAUGGGUUUCAAUCGAGCAGAAAUUGGAGCCAAUGGGAGUUAGCCGUCUCAUAGGUUAAAUAUUCUCUGGUAAAACUCAAUUUACCUCAAGGGGAGGUGAGAAACAAGCUUAUUUCCAGAAAUGAUGGAAUGCCUCUUGAAACAGGAUUUUUAACAGAGUUCUAUGGGAGCUGUAUAAUGUUCAAGUAAAAUUCUAGAAGAACUGGGGGAAAAUCCUUACUCCUCAAAGGGUAAAGCAGGUCGUGAAUGAAGAGGUGGUACUGAGAGGUGUCUGUAAACGGACCUCACCUAAGGAGACAUUUCUGAUGGUAAAACAACAAAGCUAACACUAAAACAACUCUACUGCAAAUACCCUGAAGCAAAA